ACAGGCACCUGCAGACACAGUGGUCUGCACCGUCUCGAACAUGCUACGUCCCGAAACGUCGGCGCUGCCGCCUGACGGCCUCUGCGACCUUUUGUUCUACGAGUCGUUCUACAAGGACGACAUGAACAUCCUGGCCGAUGGCUACGCCAAUCUAGAACCGAGUGCACGGCACUUCGUAGACCAAGCAUAUCACGCUAACAAGACCCUGUACGGUGCCUCUUUCGCGUCCACGAGGCCGCACUCAACGCCAGACUUGUUAACACAGGAGUUCUACGAAGCAAUCGAUGAUCUUUGGGUUCGCAAGAUCCACCACUACGGAUUCCUGAACUUGUACCGCGAGACCUCUGCUCCGGAAAUGGUGAAGGAUGCACUGUUGGUACUCAGAGAACUGCACUUUCACAACAAGCUCUUCGAGCAACAAAGGAGAUUUUCCUACGAAAUCCUGGGAUUGUAUAUAGACUCCAUAAACUUUCCACCUGUGGUCGACGACACGGCGUUUUUUAUAAGCACCGUAUUCGUGCCCUCAAUGUUCAUCGCGAUUGGUCAUCUGUCUUUCUCUGAUGCAAGCUUCUAUGACUGCACCAUACUGCCACCAAACAACGCUUUUUUUCUACCGCCUAACGUGACCUACGUGUACGAUCUGGUACGGACGCAUUGGAGCAACUGCAAAGCAUGUUCUUGUUGCAGUUACACUCAACUGAAACAGAUGAUAAAGUCACACUCCUGUCGCGAACACUUUUGGUGUCGCGUGUCACUGACCUCGGGGCCGUGCAUAUGUUGGAAGAGAUGGAGUCGGGAGACGCAGGAGCAGCACAGCAAACAGAUUUUGAUUCACCCGAACUUAAAAACUCAAAGCAACACUCAGGUAACAAAAACAGCAUGA